UAAAGCUCCGGUUGGGACAGGGCGGCGGGAGACCGGGGAAGGGACGUUUAGUUCGAGACGGUGCUGCGAUAGGAUCAUGAAGGAAGAGGUGAAGGGAAUUCCUGUAAGAGUGGCACUGCGAUGUCGCCCUCUGGUCCCCAAAGAGAUUAGUGAGGGCUGCCAGAUGUGCCUUUCCUUCGUACCCGGGGAGCCUCAGGUGGUGCUUGGUACUGACAAAUCCUUUACCUACGAUUUUGUGUUUGACCCCUCUACGGAACAGGAAGAGGUCUUCAAUACAGCAGUAGCACCGCUCAUAAAAGGCAUAUUUAAAGGAUACAAUGCAACCGUCCUGGCCUAUGGGCAGACUGGCUCUGGAAAAACCUAUUCAAUGGGAGGUGCAUACACCGCAGAGCAAGAGAAUGAACCAACAGUUGGGGUCAUUCCUAGGGUAAUACAAUUGCUCUUCAAAGAAAUUGAUAAAAAGAGUGACAUCGAAUUUACUCUGAAAGUGUCAUACUUAGAGAUUUACAACGAAGAAAUCUUGGAUCUUCUAUGCCCAUCUCGUGAGAAAGCCUCUCAAAUAAAUAUACGAGAGGAUCCUAAAGAAGGCAUAAAGAUUGUGGGACUCACUGAGAAGACUGUUGUAGUCGCCCUGGACACUGUUUCCUGUUUGGAGCAGGGCAACAACUGUAGGACUGUGGCCUCCACAGCUAUGAACUCCCAGUCAUCCCGAUCUCAUGCCAUCUUUACAAUCUCCAUAGAGCAAAGAAGGAAGACUGACAAGAAUAGCAGCUUUCGCUCCAAGCUGCAUCUUGUAGACCUUGCUGGAUCAGAAAGACAGAAGAAAACCAAGGCUGAAGGGGACCGUCUGAAAGAGGGUUUACAGUUCUGA